ACACAUUCGAGUUGAAAUCCAGUGUCCAUUCAACUUCUCUUGCAGCUGGAAGAAAGAAAAGAAAAAAAAAACAUCCUAUUCUCUAGCAUUUUCCACUAAAAUGAAGUGGUCAGAGUCGUCAUUUCAUUUAGUGGCGGGCCUAUGGCGCAGAAAACACAAAUUAUUGAUCCUCUUGUUCUGUUUUGUUUUCGUCAUCGGCGUUCGCCAACUGGAUUUCAACCAGGAUAAAGUGAUUGAAACGGAGGAGAAAUUGAUGCCAUUCAACGACAUUGAGGAGGAAGAAGCUGGGCCGCCGGCCCUCAAAACGAUUUUGUACUGGAACAGUUUCUUUGGUAUCAAAGAUUUCCUGUUCGGAUUUGGACAGCAACCGUUUCUCGACGCCAAAUGCCCGACAGCGACGUGUUACCUCACCAACGACCGGACGUUGUUCAAUCAAAGUGACGUCGUCAUCUUCUCCGUCCAGCAAAUGAACCUCACCGAUUUGCCGCCAUAUCGUUUCGCCCACCAGCGAUUCGUCUUUUACGAAAUGGAAUCGCCGGCCACCACGGACCCGCUUCCGCUUUUAUACAACCGCACCCGCUACGGAUUCUUCAACUGGACCAUGACGUACCGCCUGGAUUCGGACAUUGUCAAUCGAGACGCUUACGGAAUAGUUGUGCCCAUCCCAAACAGCACGGCCUCUUCCGUCUAUCCCAAAUCUCGCCCAGCUGGAUCGGCUCCGACGCCCCAUCGCCGGAAUUAUCCGCCCGUCAAUAUUUCCAGCAAGAAGAAAUUAGCCGCCUGGUUCGUGUCGAAUUGCGUGACGUCCGGCCGACGAGAGGAUUACGUCAAGGAGCUCAUCCGAUACAUUCCGGUCGACAUUUACGGCAAGUGCGGCAAUUUGAGCUGCGCCGAUCAGACCCGCGGCCGGGAAAUGGUCCGCGACCAUUACAAGUUUUACAUCGGAUUCGAGAAUUCCCUGUGCACCGAUUACGUAACAGAAAAGCUAAUGGUCGGCUUAUUGUACGAUGCAGUACCUAUUGUCAAGGGCGGAGUGGACUACACGGAAUUCGCCCCGCCCCAUUCGUUUAUCGACGUCAACGAUUUCGCAUCGCCCAAACAACUCGCCGAUUAUCUUUUGCUGCUGGACAAGGCCGACUCGCUGUACGCCCGCUACUUUGACUGGCGACGGGAUUUUACCGUCGAAUUGUAUCAGAAACGCGGCUGGUGUCGCCUCUGCCAAUUGGCCAAUGACGACCAACUCCCGCCGCGCGUCUACGACGACAUUCUCAAGUGGUGGGUCGACGAUCCAGUCAACUGCAACUUACCCAGCUGAUUAAACGGCCCUUAUUAAUCAAUUUUGUAUACGAAAUCAAAUUUUUAUUGUAAAUGAGAAUUCAGUGCGGCAGAGAAACAAAAAUACAUUUCACCGGAAUUGCGCAACUACGGAACGACUUAUCCCCGGUGCAUUUUGAGGGCGUUAUACGCGGCUAACGCAUAAAUACACAUUCGUUCAU